CUCACGGUGCAUUUACUCGUUUUCCUAGCGUCUUUUUCUGCUUUUGCGCAGCUUUUUCGCGUACUCGGCUCUAUUUUCCUGAGAUUUGAGCCAUGUCCGGGCGCGGGAAGCAGGGCGGCAAGGCGCGCGCCAAGGCCAAGUCGCGCUCGUCGCGGGCCGGGCUGCAGUUCCCCGUGGGCCGCGUGCACCGGCUGCUGCGCAAGGGCAACUACGCGGAGCGCGUGGGCGCCGGCGCGCCCGUGUACCUGGCGGCCGUGCUGGAGUACCUGACGGCCGAGAUCCUGGAGCUGGCGGGCAACGCGGCCCGCGACAACAAGAAGACGCGCAUCAUCCCCCGCCACCUGCAGCUCGCCAUCCGCAACGACGAGGAGCUCAACAAGCUGCUGGGCAAGGUGACGAUCGCGCAGGGCGGCGUGCUGCCCAACAUCCAGGCCGUGCUGCUGCCCAAGAAGACCGACAGCCACAAGGCUAAAGCCAAGUAAAUCUCAUCUGGCAAACAACCCAAAGGCUCUUUUCAGAGCCACCCACAUCUUCCUAGAAAGAGCAGGAACGCUUGACUCUAGGAAUACAUGUUAUAUUAAUACACCGGGAAACUUGAAAUUUUUCGGGGUGGCAUCUAAAAUGUUGUGUAUCUUUAGCUUUGUCUUGCUGAUCUGUAGCUUGCUCCCCUCUUUAUCCUAGAAGUAAAAGUACUUAUGUAAGCAGGCGUUGGUUUCCCUUUUAAAAAAAAUCAAUAAAAGGUAGCGGCUGCGACUGAUUAAAUCAGUCACCUCUGUGUAGUUUAAGAAGC